GAAUUUUAGUGCUACCCUUACAUUGGGAAAAUUUUUCGCGGGAAUGGCGAAGCAGGGUACGCUUUUAGCGUUCUUUUCACCUAAGGCAAAGUCUGAACCAGCCUGCAAAGAGUCUCCUACGGCAUUAAAUAAGUCUGCGAGUAAAACUCGAUCAGCAAAAAAACAGAAUGGCAAAAAUGGAAAAGAUUACGACAUAAAUUUAGAAGCUGGCGAUUUGGUUUUAACAAAGUUAGCUACGUAUCCAUGGUGGCCCAGCUUAGUUUGCCAAGGGCCCUCUGGAAAAAUCAAGAAGGGCGGGAAUAAGUCAGCGAAAUUCCACGUACAGUUCUUCGACGAACCAAUUCUUCGUUCUUGGAUACCGGCUAAAUACAUAGUUAGAAAAUCCGAUAUUAGUGUAGAAGAUACGAACAUUGGAGGAAAGUAUUAUUCUUCCGACCCAAAAUGGAAAAAAAGUAUGGAACAGUUUUAUGACGCGGAGAAACUCACCGUUGAAGAUAGAUUAAGCUUAGUUGUUGAUUUUAUGUCUACUGAUGAUGAGGAUGAUGCUAUAAAGUUAGAUACAAACAAAAACGAGAAAGGAGAUUUGAAAAAAAAUGACGAUAACGAAAUGGACGUGAAUGAUGAGGAUAUUCCUAAAAGUGGACGUAGAAAAAAACGAAAAAAGAAUUAUAUUGAAUCGGAUUCAGAAGCAGAAGAUAUUGAUGUCUCGGAAGACGAGUUUGAACCUGAUGAAUCCUCAUCUGAUGAGGAUAUUCCAGAAGAAGAGGUAGAAGAAGAAAUUUUAGAAGAAAAAGACGCUAGUAUAGAAGAGGAAAUUAUGGAUAUUGUUGAAAGUCCGCCAAAAAAGGGAAAGAAGAGAAAAAGCACAACGCAAUCUUUCCAGCCAGCAAGAAAAAGACUGUCAUUAGAUACAAGUUUAACGAUAUCCAACAAAACGGAGAAGAAACUGGAGGCAUUCACUGUAAAGGCAAAAUCGACAGAGGCGUCAUCUGCUCCUGGUUCAUACAAACAUUUAACCUUUGAAUUCCUGCAUGAAGAUAAAAUUAAGGAUAUUGAAGGACGACCUAAAUCUCAUCCUGAUUAUGAUCCGAAAACACUACAUGUCCCGAAAGCGUUUCUUGACAAGCAAACUCCGGCUAUGCGACAGUGGUGGCAAUUUAAAUCAAAUCAUCUCGAUGUUAUUCUCUUAUUUAAGAUGGGAAAAUUUUAUGAAAUGUUUCAUAUGGAUGCUGUUCUAGCUAUAAAAGAAAUGAAUCUUAUAAUGAUGAAGGGAGAUUACGCUCAUGCUGGUUUCCCGGAAAGUGCUUUUUCCAGACAUGCAGAUGCCCUUAUUGAAAAAGGGUAUAAAGUAGCCAGAAUUGAACAAACAGAAACCCCUGAAAUGAUGCAGAAGCGAUUAAGCAAAAUGUCUAAAUGCGACAAGGUUGUUAGAAGGGAACUUUGCAGAAUAACUUCAAAAGGGACGCGUAUUUGUUCAUUUAUAGAUGGUGAUUCCACAGCUGAAAGCAAUUCGUACUUGUUAGCCUUUUGCGAAAUUGAAAAUUCUACUGGUUCAGAAACAAGAUACGGUGUUUGUUUUGUUGAUACUACGAUUGGGGAGAUACACAUCGGUGAAUUCAAUGAUGACAGACAUCGUUCGAAAUUCCAAACCUUAAUUGCUCAUUUUCCUCCUACACAAAUACUUAUUGAGAAAGGACACACAAGCGAAAAAACGCAACAAAUAGUUUCGUCACAAUUAUCUCAUAUUCUACAAGAAAACCUUAAGCCCAAAAGUGAAUUUCUUGAAAGCGACAAAUGUUUAAAAGUUCUCAAAGAAGAAAAGUAUUUUUCUGACGGGGAGUCAGAUUCAUUAGAUAAGUGGCCUGAAGGAUUAAAAGAAAUGCUGGCCGAAGGAGAUGUCUUGGGAUUAACAGCCAAACGUGAAUACCAGCUUGCUAUAAAGUCUCUCGGUGCAAUUGUUUGGUAUUUUAAGCGUUGCUUAAUAGAUGCUGAAAUACUUUCAUUAGGAAAUGUUACAAUAUACACACCCCCUGAAGUAAAAAAUCAACAAGAUAACACCUGUGACUUAACUAGUAAUCAGCGUAAAAUGAUUAUUGAUGGGGUUUCGCUAAACAAUUUGGAAAUCUUAUGUAAUAAUGCAGGAACUAAUCAGGGCACUUUGCUGGAAAAGAUAAACUUUUGUAACACAGCCUUUGGAAGGAGAUUGUUAUGUCAAUGGAUUUGCUCACCUCUCAUAAAUCCAAGUGCAAUAAACGAGAGAUUAGACGCGAUUGAUGAUAUACGAAAUCAUGCAGACAUUUUUGAGAAAAUUGGCAAAGAAAUAAAGUUAUUACCUGAUUUACCGAGACUUCUUAAAAAGGUUCACUCACUAGGAUCAAAUUUAAGAAGUCAAAACCAUCCCGAUAGUAGAGCUAUACUGUUUGAUUCUAACGUUUAUAGCAAACGCCAAAUUGAAGAUUUUUUAUUGAUAUUAAAAGGAUUUACAAGCUGCUUAAAUAUUAUAAGCUCAGUAUCUAGAAGUGGGGGACAAUUUAAAUCUCAGCUGCUUAGAAAAUGUGUUUCAUUUACCGAGGACGGUGGGAAUUUUCCUGACUAUAGCGAUCAAUUAGACUUCUUUCAAUGCGCCUUCAACCAAGCAGAGGCUAAAAGAACAGGAACAAUUAAACCGAACAAAGGCACAGAUAUCGAGUAUGACGAGGCUAUUGAAAAUAUUGAUGACCUCGAACAACAGUUAGAAGAUUUUCUGAGUGCCCAAAAGAAGAAAUUUGGCUCCUCAGCAAUAUGCUACUUUGGAUCUGGAAAAAACCGAUAUCAAGUUGAAAUACCCGAAAAGAUUAAAGUUCCAAGCAGCUACUCUUUAAUAUCUUCCAGAAAAGGAUUUAAGAGAUACAGAACGGAAGAACUUGAAGAUCUUAUUGCCAAACUGACGAAAGCUGAAGAAUAUAGAGAUACGAGAUUGAAGGACUCGACAAGAAAAGUUUUCCAUCAAUUCUCAGCGAACUUCCACUUAUGGGACAAAUCGACACAGUGCGUAGCAGUAUUAGAUAUUUUGAUGAGUUUAGCUAAAUUCAGCUUAUCCUUCGAAAAUAAUGUCUGUCGUCCUGAAUUUAAGCUACCUGACAAAGGAAUCGAACCGUUUUUAUAUAUUUCACAAGGAAGACAUCCAUGCAUUUCUAAGACUUACAGUGGUUCUGAUUUCAUUCCAAAUGACACUGUUAUUGGAAAACUUCCAGAUUCGCUGUCUGAUUAUGAGCAAAAGACUGGAAUUAAGGACGCUAGUCUUAUUAUGGUAACUGGUCCAAAUAUGGGUGGAAAGAGUACUUUAAUGCGUCAAGUUGGGCUAAUUACCGUUCUGGCACAGCUGGGAUCUUACGUACCAGCUGAACGAUGUGUUCUUACUCCUGUAGACCGUUUGUUUACUAGGCUAGGUGCCUCGGAUAAAAUUAUGGCCGGCGAGAGUACAUUCUUUGUUGAAAUGAGCGAAACGUCAGCGAUAAUGCAUCAUGCUACUCAACAUUCUCUAGUGCUUAUUGACGAACUCGGAAGAGGAACGGCUACAUAUGAUGGAACUGCUAUAGCUAGCGCUGUAGCGAAUGAACUAUCACGAUUUACGCGCUGCAGAACUUUAUUUUCUACUCAUUAUCAUUCAUUAGCUGAACACCAUGCAGCUGAUAAUAAUAUUGGGUUUGGGCAUAUGGCUUGCAUGGUUGAAAACGAUUCUCCAGAUGGUGAAGUGGAGGAGGAAUCCGUGACAUUUCUGUAUCAAUUUACUGAGGGUGCAUGCCCAAAGAGCCAUGGCUUUAAUGCCGCAAAAUUAGCUGAUCUUCCUGCUGAGGUCAUCAAACGAGCCCGAGAAAAGGCUGAUUUAUUUGAAAAGGCUCACAGGAACCUACAAUUAACCAAAAGUAUCUAUUUUGCUCAAACGGAUCAAGAUUGGAUGAAAUCUUUUGAUAAAUUGAGAGGGAGCGGCGUAUAG